AUGUCCGGUGGUGAUCGGGUGGUUCUUGACUUCUUGCAGCUGCAGACAGCUUGUCGAUUCGUUGGUUCAGGAGCAGACAUGGACAGAAGGAACAGAGCAGCUUCGUUGGUUGACACCUCUGCAUGCUUUUGCCGGGUGGACAGAUCAUCCGCCGCCGCCGCGGCGAGGAGAAUCCCGGUGUCCAAGGCGUGCGUGCAACCGAGCCUCAGGGCGUCCAUCCACCCGCUGAAGCCGCGGCCGAGCACAGGCGCAGACCGGAGCAGCCGCGGAGGGCAGUGCCCGCUGCUCCCGGGCCUUCCGGACGACCUCGCCAUUGCCUGUCUCAUCCGGGUGCCCAGAGCUGACCACUGGAAGCUGAGGCUGGUGUGCCGGAAGUGGUGCCGCCUGCUCGCCGGCAACUACUUCUACGGCCUCCGCCGGCGGCUCGGGCUCGCGGAGCAGUGGCUGUACGCCGUGAAGCGCGACGGCAGGGACGGGCGCGUGUCGUGGGACGUGCUCGACCCGUCGCGCGGCGCGUGGCGCGCGCUGCCGCCCGUGCCGCGCGAGUACGCGGAGGCCGACGGGUUCGGCUGCGCCGUGCUCGGCGGCUGCCACUUGUACCUGCUCGGCGGCAGGGACCCACGCAGGGGCGGCGGCGCCAUGCGCCGGGUGGUGUUCUACAGCGCACGGAGCAACCGGUGGCACCGCGCACCGGACAUGCUGCGCCGCCGGCAGUGCUUCGACGUGUGCGUCAUGGGCAACCGCCUGUACGUCGCGGGCGGCGAGAGCGGCGGCGGGGGAGGGCUCAGGUCUGCCGAGGUGUUCGACCCGGCCAAGAACCGGUGGUGCUUCGUGGCCGAGAUGGCCGCGCCGAUGGCGCCGUUCGUCAGCGCGGUGCACGGCGGGCGGUGGUACGUGAAGGGCAUAAGCGCGCAGCAGCAGCAGGUGCUGAGCCAGGCGUACUCCCCGGAGGCCGACGCGUGGUCCGUCGUCCUCGACGGCAUGGUCACCGGCUGGCGGAGCCCCAGCGCGUGCGUCGACGGCCGGCUCUACGCUGCCGACUGCAAGGACGGCUGCCGGUUGAGGGCCUACGACGAGGCCGCGGACGCGUGGACCACCUGCGUCGACAGCAAGCAGCACCGAGGGAGCUCCCAGGCGGCGGAGGCGGCCGCCAUUGUCGCCCUCCACGGAAGGCUCUGCGUCGUCCGCAACGACAUGAGCGUCUCGGCCGUCGACGUCGCGGCCGGGGCAGGAAACCAGCGGUGGCAGACCCUCGCCGGCAAAGCGCGUACCAAGAGCUUCGUCACGGGCCUGCUGUCCAACCUCGCUGGCCGCAGCCGCGCCAAGAACAACAUCCUCCACUGCCAAGUUCUUGAGGCCUAG